CAAGCAUCUUAUUCUCUGGGUCUCUGAAAAUGGCUGAAUCUCCGGAACUCACCGUGCACCACCUCCGCCUCUCCCAGUCCGACCGGGUGAUCUGGCUCUGCGAAGAACUGGGUCUCCCCUACCAGCUCAAAUGCUACGACCGGGAUCCCGUGACGUCCUUCGCCCCGGCCGCCUACCGGGCUCUGCACCCCAUCGGCACCGCCCCCAUCAUCCAGGACGGUAGCACCGUCACCCUCGGCGAGACCAACGCCAUCUUUGAGUACCUGCUGGCCAAAUAUGACCCCCAAGGCAAAUUACGUCUUCCGCCUACCCACCCCAACUACCCGGACUACGUCUUCUGGCUCCACCACACCAACGGCGGGAUCCAGCCCGCCCUUUACGAUCUUAUGUUCGCGCGCAUGGCCGCUCUGCCCGAGGACACCCCGGCCACUCAGGUCAUGCAGGGCCGGCUGGACCGCAGCCUGGCGGCCAUGGAGGCCCAGCUUGCCAGGUACCCGUACAUCGCGGGCGAAACCUUCACGGCGGCGGACUGCAUGCUGCUGUUCCCGCUUACGACGUUCCGGAUCUUCAUGCCGUAUAGUCUGGAGGCGUACCCGCAUAUUGUCAGCUAUUUGGGGCGGAUCGUGGAGCGAAGGGCGCUCGUGGUGGCGAUGGAGAAGGGGGACCCGGGGUUGAAGAGGCCGAUGGGUGCUGAGGGUGCUGUCGCCGAUGACGAGGGUUCUCAGAAAGCCUGACGUAGGUGUUUCAUUCUGGGGAUCCUCUACGGGAGUCAAGAUGAGGGUCAUGACCGGUGAUUCUUUGAUUUGUACAUUAUAAAACUUCGAGUUUUGCUUCGAGAG